AUGGCUAACCCAUUUGCCAGGAUCAUCGCUCAGCUGGCUGUGGCCAGCGCUGGGAUCGUGUCGAGAGCGUUCGUGUCCGCCUACUCCCAGGCCGUGCACAAUGCGAGGACGGGUACCCUGGAGAGUGCGAAGGCCAUGUCGAGAACGAGCAAGCUAUCCACCCUCGAGGCCAUGCAGAUCCUCAACCUGCAGAAAGGGGAAAUGAAGCCAGAUCUCAUCAAGCAGAGAUACGAUCAGUACUUCGGCAUCAACGACCCAGACAAGGGAGGAUCGUUCUACCUCCAGUCCAAGGUUUUCCGAGCCAAGGAGGCGUUGGACGAACAGCUCGCGCUGCAGGCGAAGCAAGCGUCGGAGGAGGCGGCCCUGAAGGCCAAGGCGGCAGCCGGCGGUAAGGGAGGGGCGGGAGGGGCGAAGGCGAGACCGGCGGCAGGGGGCGCCCGAAGGCCUAGCGCUAACCGCCGGAGAUGACAACCUUGGGGUUCCGAAAAAUGUGUUUUUUGUUUGUUUGUUUCCCUCCCUUGUGGGAGGGGUUCGGGGUUGUCUUGGAGGGAGAGCGAGAAUGGCGAAAAAUGGCGCAGAUCUUUCCUCAGGAUUGUCACUGCCCGCUUAUACUUUUUUUUGUCUUGUCUUGGGGGCGCGCGAGGUGGCGGCUGGGAAACCCUCGCGCGCCUUGACCUGGCUACGUUUUUCGACAGUUGGUGAUAUCUCAUGUCGUUGGUUCGGUCCUGCGUGAGACUGUCUUACACCGAGGUUGUCUUUGCUUUCGAGGGCCGGGAGAGGCUCCAUGCUCUUGCCGGUACAUGGUGCUUCGCCGUCUGCGAUUACAAAUCGGGAAGCCUCUCACUGAAUGUAGGUGCACGGUGGUUCUCAACUUAACCGUCGUCCGACGCGCUUGUGCAUGCUUUGAGUUGUGGAGCCCACCUGUGGUAUCUGGGUAUUCCUCCAACUAUCUCGACGUUCUUUCGAUACACAUAUGUAUCGGCGAAUGGGUUUGACGUUGCUUUGCUUCUUGGAACGCUCUCUGGAAGAGAUGUCAUAAAUC